AUGAGCCCCACCCCUUCCGUUCCCCCUGAUGCCCACUCUUCAGCCCGCGCACAACGAGCGGCAGCCAUCGAGGCUCGCCUAGCCGCGCAAGUUCAGACGCAAAGCCAGUCCAGCUCAGCGUCAGCAUCAGCAUCCGCUUCAUCCUCAUCGACAGGCUCAGCUCCCACCCCGGCUGAAGAGCACGACCUCCUCAAGAAGCUACGCCGCAUCGUGGACCUGCAGAUCAUGCGGGACAAUACGUACGACAAGGCACAGGAAUGUAUGGAGACCCUGGAAAAGAUCCUAAGCAACAUCCUCUCCAACCCUACGGACCCCAAAUAUCGCACAUUGCGCGCCACAAACCCAAAGCUGAAACGCUCCGUCCUCCUCGUUCCCGGCGGGAGUGACUAUCUCCUCCACUCGGGCUUCGGGGUACGCACCGUAGAGUUCCAAGAGGAGUGGCAUUGCGCUGCGAAGACCGAUCGCAAAGUGCGGUUGGGUGUUGAGGUGUUACGCGCCAGGCUGGGAGAGGCGCGUGAGAGGAGUGAGGCGGCUAAGCGAUACAAGGAGAGGGAGGAGCGCGAGGAGAAGGGGAGGGUGGGGAGGGUUUUGCAAGAGGCAGAGGAGGAUAGGGAGAGGGUUAGGCGAAGGGUUGAGAGGGAAAGGGCGACUAGGGAGAGGGAGGCGCAGCAGCGGCAGGGACACGAGCGCGAGCACGAGCACGAGCAGGCUGGGUCCCUCGUUACACCUGGAGACUACGUAGCACAGGCAGAGGUACCCUUCGAUGCGCCCAGUCAUCGGGGCGAGGGCGAGGGACAAGGGGCAGAUCAGCAGGGCGAACGUCCACCUCCCUACGGCGAGGAGCAUUGGGGCACGGGUCGACUUCUUCGCGACUAG